AUGGCCUACCGUCAUUAUGAAGACCUGUGGUUUGAAGAUAGAAACGUCAUACUGGAAGCUGGAGGAGUCGUUUUCCGUCUGUAUCGCGGCAUCUUGGCCCGCAACUCGCCCAUAUGGGCCGAUCUGUUCGCCGUACCGCAACCGCUCGCAGAUGCAGAGUCAUACGACGAAUGUCCCAUUGUACAUUUGCACGACGACGUGGAUGAUCUAAGAUACUUUCUGCACGCCAUCAACGAUGUGAGUUUCUACCGCAGUGACAUCGCUACACCAUAUCCAGUCGUCGCGGGCAUACUGCGGCUUGCCUCCAAAUACGCCGUCUCGUUCCUGCGCGAGCGAUGCAUAGCCCACCUGUCCUUGUCGUAUCCGAGUUCGCUAUCGGACUGGAAAGUUCGCGAGAGGCAACAGGAUCGAGCGGUGACCGACAUACCCGCGCACGCCAUCGUCAAUCUUGCGAGGGAGGUCAACGCGCUAUCGCUCCUUCCUACCGCUUUAUACUGCUACUGCGCUGCCACUUCCCUCGAAGACAUCGUGAACGGUCAGAUGCUCGCGGAUGGUACCGUUGCGACCGUCAACGACAGGGACCGACGAUCCUGCAUCCUCGGAAGGGUGAAUUUGGGCCAUAGGCAGCGGCUGCAGAUGCUUGGCGCACUCUCAACCUGUCCAGACGGUUGGCCGGGGUGCUCGACCCCGUCACAUUGCCAGCCAGGCCAGUGGAGAAUGCUUGCCCGGCUGUGGAGCCUGCCGGAGGAGGAGGGUUUAAGCUGCCGGGUGCUUAUCGACAUCGGCUCCGUCAAAGAGGCCAAAUCGGCCACGGGGUGGUGCGACAAGUGCUGUCGAUACUGGAUCUCGCGCAUGCUGGACGCCCAGACGAGAAUUUGGGCCGACCUUCCGUCCAUAUUCGACCUUCCUCCCUGGGAUGUGCUGCUCGCCAGCCAGGAAUGAACGAACAUCCACUCGCCUCCCCUCGCCUCCCUCGUUUAUUCGCAUCUUUCGUUCACCGCCUUUGCGGUUCAUAUUUCCAUGCUAUCGUCACCCCGUUCGCGUUUUUCGACCCUGAAGCUCCUGCGUUGUGUGCGUCGUUCCAACUCUGCUAUCGUCGUGCGGUCUGCUCGCAUUCUGCACGCCUUUGAUAGCCCGGGAGGGGCUGGUCGGACGGGGUAUGCGACGGUUGUUCGUGACUCCCCGAUCCAUAUUUCUUCUCCGGCAGGCCAUUCUGGGCCGGUAUUCAUUUGUUUGUCUUUUAAACGCUUUCAAUGCGAUGGACAGG